AUGGACAUGUUCUGCAUAGAGAUCCUCAACUGUCUCAAUUUGAAGAUAUACUACGAUGUCUACGUACGAGAUCCCGCCAACCUUUGGCCUCACCGCUACAUUCUACAGGACAUCGUACACGCAUUCAUGACCAUGGGCUUGUUUUUCCCAAACGUAGAGGUAACGUCCAUUUUACAAGAACACCUUGGAUCCAGGGAGGGACAUGCUUUCAGGAACAGCAAGAUCCUCGAUCCAGAAGCUCGUCGUCAAGUGAGACCAGACGCGUGUACAAGAACCAGUUGUGCUUAUCGGCCAAGGAAGUUCUGGGCUGGGUGGGAAAAUAAAGUCUAUACAGGAGAUGACCUGUACAUUGACAAAUUCCCAUUUGAUUGGAACAUGGCCAUCAGGCCCAUCAUCGCAAAGCUUUACCGAGCCGGCAUGAUUGGACCCGCGUGCGUCGAGCCUCGCCCAGAUGUGGUCCCUGGAUUCGCGACAGCAAACACGGAGCAGCACCGGCCAGAUAAGCUCGAUCUCUUCAUCACGUACAGCAACACGGACGAGUUUGUCCAAGGCAUGCCCCCAUCGUUCAUCGACUACCGAGACUGGCCAGAGCUGCUGCCGGCCGCAAAAAGGUUUGCAGCGAUCUGCAAGACGAUGACACCACGGUUUGCCCUACCUCGCCUCUGGUCAGCUCCCCAUUUCUACCCUCUCAUGAUGUUGCUGUCCAUGCGACAGGCCGUUUCAUUUUUAGAUCCUUACAGCGCCAAAGACAAAUUCAGUCAUGGCCAUUCUGAACUGGAUGACAAGACCUUGCGCCGGGACGAUCUGAUUUUGGUCAUGGGAGGCGAUGAGAAGGUCUUGCUCAAAUGGUGCACUGCUGUCACUUUUGCCAUGCAGACCAAACCGUGGCUGCGCGAAGUUGACCUGUGGAAGAGCUUCAUCAACAUGGACUUGGCGUUCUUGGAGAGCCUAGACUCACACUGGCUGGAAUGA